CCCAUACUAACAUCCCCAACCUUAUUGAUCCCACACAACCAUCAUUCCCGUUAUCAAGCAGCUUGCACCAACAAUCAUCCCCUUAUCUCCAGCCCUUCAUGGCCAUGGCAACCCAAGCCUCCCUCUUCACCCCUCCCCUCUCCGCCUCAAAGUCCGGGGACCGUGUCACCGUGCCAUGGAAACAAUCCUCAACCCUCUCCUUCACCAGUCCCAAGCAACUCAAAUUCUGUGUCUCCCAGCGCACAAUCAAGGCAGCUGCUGGGGAAGCCGCCGAGGCACCCGCCGAGGCACCUGCCAAGGCAGCUCCGGUGGGAUUCACUCCACCUGAGUUGGACCCAAGCACUCCCUCGCCGAUUUUCGCCGGCAGCACUGGUGGCCUGCUGCGGAAGGCUCAAGUUGAAGAGUUUUAUGUGAUCACUUGGGACUCUCCCAAAGAACAAAUCUUUGAGAUGCCCACUGGAGGUGCAGCCAUAAUGAGGCAGGGUCCUAACCUCCUCAAAUUGGCCAGGAAGGAGCAGUGCUUGGCCCUGGGGACUAGGCUGAGGUCUAAGUACAAGAUCAAGUACCAGUUUUACAGGGUGUUCCCCAAUGGGGAGGUCCAAUAUUUGCACCCAAAGGACGGUGUCUACCCUGAGAAGGUGAACCCCGGCCGUCAAGGUGUCGGAGUGAACUUCAGGUCAAUUGGAAAGAAUGUGAACCCGAUAGAGGUCAAGUUCACCGGCAAGCAAGUGUAUGACUUGUGAGGUGUUGGAUUCUUAUGUUGUUGUGAUGUAUUUAUUAUUUACGGGACUGUACGUCGUUAAUGUUUGAACCUUCAUUUUGUUUUUCUCAAGUUGCUACAUCAAAAGGCUAUAUGUUGUAUUA